UGUCAGUGUUGGACUUUUUUAGGUGUUCUAAACCAGCCGGCAGGACCAGAUGAGGAGUGGUGAUCAUUGUGGAAAACACCGUUGGUGAUCUGCGGCAUGAUGGAAGGUGAGGUUCCAAAUUCAGAUGUACUGAUUAAGGACAUAUUUACAACAGCUGAAAAGUGUCUUACGGAUGAAGAAAAAAAUCGGCUGCGGGCACAAGAUAGCCGCCUCGUGACAGAGUUUAAAGCUAAGAAGCUCGAGGAAGAGGCUCAACGUCAUUGGGACAUUUUCUAUAAACGCAAUGAAACACAUUUUUUCAAAGACCGACGUUGGACUACACGUGAGUUUGAGGAAUUAUUGGAAGGAACCCAGGAUCGAAAUGGGCAAGAGAGCUUCAGUGAUGCGAAAUGUCCACGGCAUCUAUUCGAAGUCGGUUGCGGAGUUGGAAAUUUAAUUUUUCCACUAAUAGAAGAGCAAAAAGAAAAAUAUUCCGGUAUACAUAGUUGGUUUUAUUACGCUUGCGAUUUUUCGCCACGCGCUAUUGAAUUUCUGCGUUCUAAUCCACUAUACGAUGAGCACCGCAUGUGCGCCUUCCAGUGUGACAUUACCACGAAGCAAAUGCACGCGUACAUAUCAGCGUGUUCGCUGGAUAUUGUUACAAUGAUAUUUGUAUUAUCCGCAAUACAUCCUGAUAAAUUUGCCACAGUUAUAGAAAAUAUUUAUCGGCUCCUGAAGCCGGGUGGGGUUGUGCUCUUUCGCGAUUAUGGACGUUACGAUAUGGCACAGCUGCGUUUCAAGCCAGGAAACAAGAUUGCUGAAAAUUUUUACAUGCGCCAAGAUGGAACCAGAAGUUACUUCUUUGCUGAGAAGGAACUAGCAGCAUUGUUUACAAAUUCCGGCAAAUUUGAGGUAAUUGAAAACUCGUACGUUCACAGGAGAACAUUGAAUGUGAAACAGGGCAUCGAUGUGCCGCGAAUUUUUUUGCAAUCAAAGUUUCGGAGGAGAUAAUUUGGAAAAUAAUACAACUGAUAUUUUUUAAAUUCAACCUCCGUAAUUUAUUAGUUGUAUCAUUAUAAUUAAAUAAUAUAGAUAACAUUUUGUUAGGUAACAUUGAAUACGUACAUUUAAAUAUACAUACAUACAUUUAUGGAUUAAAAUUUAUAA